UCUAAAUCAACAAGCUAGUAUCAAUAUGAAACAAGCAUGGAGAGAGUUAGGCACACUCAUGGCCACCACCAUGUUUGUGUACACCGUAUUCAUGCGGUUGUUACCACCACCUCUUCGCGAUCGAAUCCGACGCCACACCCGAAAAAUCAUCCAUUACUUAUACCCUUACAUCAGAAUCACCUUCCAUGAAUUCACAGGCGAAAACUACUUCAUGAGGAGUGAAGCUUACACUGCAAUCCAAACAUACCUUAGCCAGCACUCUUCCAAACUAGCCUCAAGGCUCAAAGCCGAAGAGGCGAAAUCAAGCAGCAACACCAAUUCCCCUUUAAUUUUCAGCAUGGAUGACAACGAAGAAAUAGAAGAUGAGUUCCAAGGGAUUAAGAUUAAGUGGGUUUCAAACAAAAUUACUCAGAAAACAGGGUCAUUUUCUUGGCACCCGGAAGAGAAAAGGUACUAUAAACUCACCCUUCAUAGGUGCUAUAGAGAUAUCAUAAUUGGAUCUUACCUCAACCAUGUCUUGGAAGAAGCAAGAGCCAUUGAAAUGAAGAGUAGGGAGUUGAAAUUGUAUGCAAAUAGCAAGACAAAGUGGAGCCACAUAGUUUUCGAGCACCCGGCGAGGUUCGAGACCUUGGCAAUGGAUCCGAAGAAGAAGGAAGAGAUGGUGAAGGAUCUUGUUAAGUUCAAGAAAGGGAAAGAGUACUACAAGAAAGUGGGGAAGGCUUGGAAAAGAGGGUAUUUGCUGUAUGGUCCUCCAGGGACUGGAAAGUCAACAAUGGUGGCUGCCAUGGCUAAUUUCAUGAACUAUGAUGUGUAUGAUCUUGAAUUAACCGCCGUGAAGGACAAUUCUGAGUUGAGAAAACUGUUGAUUAACACGGCAAGUAAGUCCAUUAUCGUCAUUGAAGACAUUGAUUGCUCACUUGAUCUCACUGGCCAGAGGAAGAACAAGAAGAAGAAUGGGAAAAGUGAUGCCAGGGAAGAAGGGAAAGGUACUGUAAAAAGGAGCGACGGCGAAGAAGAUGAGAAGGGUAGUAAGGUAACUUUGUCUGGUUUGUUGAAUAUAAUAGAUGGAAUUUGGUCAGCUUGUGGGGGAGAGAAGAUAAUGAUUUUCACAACCAAUUUUGUGGAGAAGCUUGAUCCAGCUUUGAUUAGGAGAGGGAGAAUGGACAAGCACAUUGAAUUAUCAUAUUGUCGCUAUGAAGCAUUCAAGAUUCUUGCAAAGAACUAUUUGGAUCUUGAGUACCACAAUUUGUUUCCCACAAUUGAGAAAUUGUUGGAAAUGACCAAUAUGACCCCUGCUGAUGUUGCUGAGAAUCUCAUGCCUAAGUCACUUGAUGAGGGAGUGGACACUUGCUUGUGUAAUUUGGUUCAAGCUCUUGAGAAAUCCAAGCAAGAUUCAAACAAGGUAGAGAUUAAUGAAAAGGGGGAAGUCCAAUCUACAAGAGAAUAAAAUCCACGUAUUUGGCUUUUUGUUUGUACAUUAGUUUGAUAAUUUGGAUAUCUAUUACUACUACCUUAUGUGUAAAUAUUAUUUUGGUCAAAUCACUAAGAAUAAUGCCAGUUCAAUUUUCUA